GGUUGGGUGUCCCGCUAUACUGCUGAUUUUCGAGCCCGUCAUUCACCUCAGCUUUUCUCCAGGUGGUUGCAUGCUGACUAUUUGACUCGACCUCGAUUCUCAAAUCUGCCCGUCACACCCCAUCAUGGCUCGGGCCGGAUAAUUCGCAAUCGCCUUUCUCGCAUCAAAAUUGAUGCUGUAUCCGCAAGAACAGAUUUCAAUCAGCCGGCCGAUCCCGCCUAUUCUCGAAAAUCUGUCCAACCUGGAUCCAUCUCGACUUCUAGAUCUGGAUUUUCUGGAUCUAACAUAGCUUCUCUAGAAUCGGGCUCCACGCCGGAAUCCGUUUCUGAUAAUGCCAGCUUUCGCAAUUUGACUCCAACAGCCAAUGAAUCUGACCUUUUUGUGCUAACUAACUCAUCUAUAACUGAAUCAACAGCUGCAGUCUCGGCAGCUGUUUAUACCGACGUUGAUAGUGUGGCGUCGACUGGUUCUCUCCCAUCUUCUCCAAUGGAUGCACCCGAAUUUAUGGCACCUCGCUAUGCUUCAUCCCAUACAUUUGCAGGUCGUUCCAUUUCUGGGUCAGUUUCGGGCUCGCUUCGAUUGGCCCAUCAGUUUCCCAUCGACGGAGCUAGUGGUCAUAUCGCCAACAGGUCAAUAGAGGGGCAGGUAAAUGCUGCGUUGCCUGGGCCUGCCGAAUCGGCUAUUCAGACAAGACAUCCUCACUCGGACACACAAGAUGUCCGACCCAUAGAGACUCUGCCCCUGGUAUGGAACCCGGACGCCAAUGACUCUUGGCAGCUCACUCAUGCUGCUCGAAUUAACCUGAAUUCCCGCCCUCUGGACAUGACUAACCUUUUGGUAAAUCGGCGUCGCCUUAGGCUUACACGAAACGCGACGGCUACAUCCGAAUCGACUGUGGCUGCGACCACUGCGACCAACAUCUGGCCUGAUCGCUAUACACGAAUGGAUGAUUCCGGCAUGCAGGUGGGCUUUGAUUCUAAGCCAUAA